AGAGUUGAUAGGGGAGUACAGAAUUCUGUGGAUGCGUUUGCGUGAACUGGUGUCAGGAGCAGGAGUUGCGACGGAAACUACGUUGGCCCUGUACGUCAUAUUUCUUCUCUUUGGCCAAGUCAUGUGCUUGUACGGACUCCUGUUUGGGAUCAGCGAUGGUCACUCCAGCAGAAACGUGACGAUGACUGUUUGUGGCGUGGUCGGACUUCUGUUUGUAGCUCAUUUCUAUUGUGUUUGCAGAAAAGCGGACUACAUAAUGACAACUGUCGAAAUAAAAGUUCAGAAGGAGUUACAUCAUAUCACAACAUGGUGCAGAAGGCAGGACAUACAGCAGGAGGUAAACAACUUUCUAGGAACGAUAUCGAUGAAUCCUCCAGUGAUAUCAGUGCUGGGUUUUGCGAACAUAAACAGAAGAUUGUUCGCUUCGGUGAGUAUGUAACUACUUACAAUACAAUAACAUAUUAUAAUUUU